AUGAAGCGAUCCCUGUUGCGCGCUGCAGCAGAACCACUGAAGCUCUACCAGUAUGCUAUUUGUCCUUUUUGCAACAAGACAAAGGCAGCCCUGGACUUCCUGAAAGUGCCCUACGCAUCGGUGGAGGUAGACCCGCUGACGCGAUCACAGAUCAAGUUCUCGAAGGACUACAAGAAAGUGCCGAUCGCGGUGCUCUCUGGCGGGUCCGUGGUGGGUGGCUCCACUGAGAUCGUGGAUGCCGUCCUCCAGUCUGAGGCAUCCGCGCCUCAGGCUGCUGGUGUGGAUGCACAGCACUUCCUGAGCGAUGAGGCGCGCCACUGGAACAAAUGGUGUGAUGAGAAGUUUGCUGUGUGCGUCUACCCAAACAUCACUCGCAGCGUCUCCGAAUGCUGGCAGGCCCUGGGAUACCUGCAGCGGUGUCCGGAAUUUUCGAUGCCACGAGCUUUGGCGACCCGAGCGCUGGGAGCCGUAGGCAUGGCAGCCGCCCAUGGAAAGAUCAAGAAGAAAUACAACAUGGAUGACGAGCGCGGAGCACUCUUCACUGCUGUAGAUGCCUGGACCGCCGAGGUGGGUACCAAGGAGUUCCGAGGUGGAGAGAAGCCUGAUCUGUCGGACUUGGCAGUGUUCGGAUGUAUUCGCGGUAUCUCCGACCUUCCGCUGUAUUCAGAGAUGACACAGCACAAGGAAUUUGGGCCUUGGUUCAACCGAGUUGCCGAUGCUUUGAAAGCAAAGCUUGCAGAAUGA